AUGGCUAUGUAUGACAUGAAGGAGUUACCACACUUGGUGAAGCCAGUCACUCUGAUACUCGUUAUACUCCAAACCAUUUUCGUAUUUGCUCCCGGUUAUCGGUCGUUUGGUUGGUUCGUCAUCAUGAGCACAAUCAUAGAGUUGGUCAUAUGUGCACUGGCCUUCGCCGCUAUAGCAUUAAAUAUCACAGGCUUAGUGGAUGCACCUAUGUGGCCCAUGGCGGAAAUGACUUACAGUGGAGUAUUCGUUAUAUUUCAAGUGAUCGACUUUUUCUAUUUCCUUGUCAAUAUGUUCAAACAUUUCAACGCUUUUCUACUCUUCGGCAUGCUGGAGUCGGCUUUUCUUGCAUUGGUUUGGCUAUUCAACACGUACCAGUGGUACCGUGCACGCACGCCAUCGGCGGCCACUACCACUGGAAACCAAGCCACGGCUGCACCGCCGCCCAACUUUCCGCCGAACUACCCUGCCGGUGUGAAUCCGGCCUGA